AUUGCCAAUUUUCCACUGUCACCUUACACCAAUAAUUAUACAGGUGUAUGUAUAAGUUAGUCGUGAACUUGUCCAUGCAAACUAGAGACCAAACAAGUUUUGCUAUUCUGCACACAAUUCGCGAAAUCUGGUGGAAGAUAGAGUUGUUUUAUUGGAUUGGAUUUGGAUAAAAUUCCAGUUUUGCACUUUCUCAGAAAAAAAUUCCCCACUAUUUAAUUUAUCAAAUGGUCAAUUUAAUGGUUGAUUUAAACUUCAAACUUGUAUGUCAAUGUCAAAACUCGUCAGAAUUUAGUUGGUUCUUCGUGGUCACGGAUUCGUCACGUCACGACGAUUUACAUAUUUGGACGUUUUCAUUUCCAGACAAAAUUAUGUAAUUAAUUAGAGUUGAGUGCGAACUGGAAUCUUAAAAAAAGAAGAAACUUGCGACUUUGUUGCAAAUUUCAUGCAAAUUUUGUGCAAAUUUGUUUUUCGCAAGUGUCAAAAUCAUGUCACGAUUGGAACUUUUUCCAACUAAUUCGUCUCUGAGAAGAGUGCAGAAACGUUUAGAGGAGAGAUUUUGGUUGGAAAUUAUUUGAAAUUAAGGCGUGAAAAAAUAAAUAAAAUUUCAGGAAAUUAAUUUCAAAAUUUAUGAAGUACCUACAAAGUUAGAAGUUAGGGUCAAAAGGAAGAUUUCUUGAAAAUUUACAUACUAACGGAAAAUUCCGUAUUAGUGGCAAUUUGUCACCGUAUGCAAAUUAGUUGUGUGACAGAGUCAUAAAUAUUUAAAAAUGGGACUAAAACAACAACAAAUAAAAGAAAGUGCAAAUUACUUGUGUUAGUGAACUUUUUUGCAAAACAAGAAACUCGUGUAUUCUGCAAAUUUGCAAAGAGCUUUGUGUCGACAAAUCUAGGUACAAAUAAUAAUUGCAACAAAAAUCACAUUAUUUUGCCAAUUCGUAACUAAUCGGGAUAAGUGAAUUUUAAACCUAAAAAGUGUAACUAACAUUAAAUAAAAUCAGUGUCGUACAUAUUUUAAUUUAUAAAUAGUUUCAAAAAAUCAAAUAAAAUUCAGAAAACUUCAAAAUCAAAAAUAAUUUAUUUUGCAAAAAUAUACAAUUCUACAAUUUGCGUAUGUAAAGUUAUUUCCAAUUGUUUUAAAGAUUUUAUUAUCUAAAAGUGCAAGCAGUACAAAUUAAAAAUACGAUUAGUGAUUAACAAUUAAUUAAUCACUAAUUAACUAAUAAUUUAUAAGUAAAUAAGACUUUAAUUAAACGGUACAAACAAAAUGGAUGCGGUGAUAACAGUGACAUCGACGAGAUAUGAGGGCACGCAGCAGUCACAAAAUUACGCCAGAUCACUGCUCCUUGAGAAAAAGUCUUGUUCAAGAAAAUGCAGGAAAUUGGGUGGUUAUCAACACUUACAAAUAUUUGGGAUAAGGCCAGCCUCAACUUUUCUUUUCCUGAUCCUGACAAUUUUAGCAAUUAGUGCUGCAUUUAAUAUCGGACCAGUAUCAGCAGCAGCAGCGUCUAAGGAACGUGAUUCUGAGGAAAUUCAUGACAUCCUUCUCCCCCAAGAUAUCGAAGAAGUGACGUCUUCAUACCAGUUUUCGUCGGAAAGGUCGCUUCUCUUAGAAGCGGAAGGACACAAGUACGAAGACGAUGACGACGACAAAAUUCCACCCCCGCAAAACUUGCGGGUGAAAAUUAGCGAUGAUUCUUCCACCCCGGUGGCAGCGUUUAUUUGGGAGACGCCACAAUUCACGCCCGUGUCGAAACGAAGGUCGCAAAAACUGACCGGAUUUAAGGUCACUAUAACGUCCCACCUACUCCCCAGCGAGGAGGCGUCAUCCCCUUUGCGACACGUGCUCCACGCCGGGGAAGACGUGGACGUCCACUCAGACUCAUUUUUGGUCGACGUGGACCAAACGACUUUCACCACGGAUAAAGUUUAUCGGCUCGAAAAAGGGAGAAGUUACGAGGUUGAGAUUCAGACGGAAUUUCAUACCAGGCUGAGUGACCCGAUUAGCGCGAAUUUUACGAUAAGGCCGAAUCCACCGGAUCGAUUUGUCGUGUGGUAUCGAAAUGAGACGUGUUUCCUAGUUUUGUGGCAACCACCGACGGACGGAGUUUUCCAGCGGUAUAAGGCGAAACUUUCUCCCCCGCAGUCGCCCAUUUCGACCUUGUACGUGACCCGGUGGGAGUACCAGUUUGGCGGCGUGCGUCCCGGUUUCUUUGCCCUCACGCCGGGUAAAUCGUACAAUAUUUCGGUGUCGACGAUUUCCGAUGAUCCCGUCGCUGGGACGGAAGUCGAAUCCAUCGCAGUGUUCAAGGAGUACAGGACGAUGCCACUUCCGGUCAAAAAUGUCACCAUUUCACUCGUCUCGUUCGGAGUGGGGGGAGGAACUGGGCAGAAAGUUUUGGUCGAGUGGGAUCCUCCGUCAAGUUUAGAUGGUGAGCACGACGGUUUUAACGUGUACAUCCAAAAGGAGAACUCGUGGGGGAAGCCGGUUCAGAAAUUCGUGCCGAGAAGCAAGCCCCCCCGAACGCACCUCGACAACACGGGCCUCCUUCUGGGGGAAGAGUACUCCGUCGUGGUCAAAACAGUGUCCGGAAAAGUCUCCUCACUUCCGGUUUCGGCCAGAUUUACGUAUUUUAUUCCGCCGCAAAAAAAUGAUGACGACGACACAAAUAUCGAUGAAACGAAAGAAGAACAAUUAACCUUGGGAGGACAAAGAGAGGAAGAAAUUGGUCCAAUUUUAGACGACGAACCGGUCAUGAUUCUGGAAAAGUGAUGCCAAAAUUUCGAAAAUUUUGUAGCUGCAAAAUUCUAAAUUAAGCAAAUUUGAAAAUGUGAACUUUAGUGGAAAGCAAUUCCAUUAUAUGUCUCCAAAUUUGGCGUAAUUAUUGUAAUUUUAGGUAAACUGCUUUGUUAAUUGUGCAAAAUAAUUAAGUAAUAUGUAGAUGCAUAACUUUGUGAAAA